AUGAAUAAUUUCAUGGUUGAAAGUAUAGCCUUAUUGGUGGUAGGGGUAGGCUAUGGAGUAAUACAUUAUUAUUUAAAUGCUAAGAAAAAUAAUGUGACAAACUUAUUUAAAGAAGAAAAUAUUUGUAUAGUUGUUGCUCAUCCAGAUGAUGAAGUUAUGUUUUUCUUACCAACCUUAAAAUUGUUAUUUAAUAAUAAAGAUAAAACAGAAAUUUUUAUUUUAUCCCUUUCUAAUGGUAAUUAUUAUGGUAUCGGAAAAAUAAGAGAAAAAGAAUUUAUUAAAGUUUGGUCAUAUUUAGGAGGCCAUCCUGAUAAUUAUAAAAUAAUGGACGAUCCAAAUUUACAAGAUGGUUGGGAUUCAUGGAAUGAACAAUAUAUUUCUAAAGUUAUAUCAAAAUUUUGUUCUAAGCGUAAUAUAAAAAAGGUUUUAACAUUUGAUGAUUAUGGGGUUUCAGGCCAUCCAAAUCAUAUAAGUGUUUACAAAGGCGCACAGAUAUUGGCCAAAUCAAAGACAAUACAAUUGUUUUCCCUAUGCUCAACUAAUUUAAUACAAAAAUAUUUGGGGAUACUAUCUUUACCCUUCAUUUUCCAUAAAAGGUAUCACCAUAUCUAUGUAAAAACUGUGUGUGUGUGUGUAUGCACAUGUCUAUCUCUCUAUGUACCAUAA